AUGGAGACUCAACACAUUAUUUCAUCUUUGCUCUUCAUCUCUUUCCUCUUUUUUCUAAUUCAGAAGUUGAGGAUUAAAACAAAAAAAGGUCACAACAAGAAAAUAUUACCUCCAGGACCAUGGAGGCUACCAAUUAUUGGUAGUGUGCACCACUUAACAAAAGGGAUACCACAUCAUGUUUUCAAAAACUUGUCACAAAAAUUUGGCCCAAUUAUGUAUUUACAGCUUGGGGAAGUUCCCACUGUAAUCGUAUCCUCAGCACACAUGGCACAAAAAUUCCUAAAAACUCAUGACCUCGCCUUUGCGUCGAGGUCACAAACCAUGCUGGGAAAGAUCUUUUGUUACGAUUGUACAGACAUUGCAUUUUCUCCCUAUGGUGAUUACUGGAGACACAUGCGUAAAUUGUGCAUCAUGGAACUUCUCAGUGCCAAGAUGGUCAAGUCGUUCAGCCCCAUUCGACAAGAUGAACUGUCGAGUCUCAUAUCGUCGAUUAAAUCAAUGGAGAACUUGCUCAUCAAUAUGUCAGAAAAACUAUUUUGGUUUAUGAACUCCGUGACAUGUAGGUCAUCAUUUGGGAAAACGUGUAAAGAUCAAAACGAGGUGAUGAUAAAUUUGAUUCAUGGAGUAUUAAACUUAGCCGGAGGUUUCGAGCUGGCUGAUUUGUUCCCUUCGAAAAAAUUUCUUAGUGGGAUUAGUGGGAUGGGGUCUAAAUUAAUUGAGGCACGUAAUAAGGUAGAUGCAGUGUUGGACAAAGUUAUCAAUGUGCAUCGAGAGAAUCGAGUAAAUGGAAAAAAAUUCAAUGCUGAAUGUGGAACUGAUGAAGAUUUGAUUGAUGUUUUCUUUAGAGUCAUGGAGACAGGGGAACUUCCAUUUACCCUAACAAACGACAACAUCAAAGCCGUUAUUCUUGACAUGUUCGUAGCAGGAUCUGAUACAUCAUCUUCAACCGUUGCAUGGGCAUUAUCAGAAAUGAUGAAGAGCCCUAGUGUCAUGGCCAAAGCACAAGUCGAAGUAAGAGAAGCCUUUAGGGGAAAGAAAACAUUCGAUGAUGAUGACCUCGAGAAGUUGAAUUACCUAAAAUUAGUUAUCAAAGAAACACUUAGGUUACAUCCUCCAACUCCUCUACUUGUCCCGAGGGAAUGCAGAGAGGAAACAGAGAUAGAUGGAUUCACAAUACCGAUCAAAAGCAAAGUCCUGGUAAACGUAUGGGCAAUAGGAAGAGAUCCAGAAAGUUGGAAAGAUCCUGAAAGUUUUAUACCAGAGAGGUUCGAGAACAAUUCAAUUGACUUCGGUGGAAAUCACUUCCAAUUUCUUCCCUUUGGUGCUGGAAGAAGAACUUGUCCAGGAAGACUAUUUGGUUUAGCUCUUGGUACUUUGCCAUUAGCCCAUUUGCUUUACAAUUUUGACUGGACACUUCCCAAUGGUAUGGACCCAAAAGAUUUGGACAUGACUGAGGCAAAUGGAAUGACUGCUAGAAGAGACAAGGAUCUUUUCUUGAUAGCUACUCCUCAUAGAUAAUAUCUUCAAGAAAAAAAAGUGUUUGAAUAAGUUAAAGGACA